AUGGUCAAUCGUGACGUGACCCCACGCGAUGAGGCUAGUGCACUCAGUGGUACAGCUAUCCCCUGGCAAGCAUGGAGCUUGACGGUACUUCAGUCAUCUCAAGUGUGUGGUGGAGUUCAAAGUACCUACAGUGUUCCUGGUGGAGCCCUGGGGGUACUACGUGGUAAAGCUCCAGCAUCCAACCGUACUUACUCAACUGGUCAAAUCCCCGUCGGUCUACUUUGA